AUGAAAGGAAUCAAUAUUGCCAUUUUAACCACCUUUGUUUUGGCAAUUCUUUAUGCAACUACUUCAGUUGCUUCAAUUCCCGUUAAAGCUGGCAUUGAGAAACCAUCGGUGACUUUAUUCAGCAGAAGUGGUAUAAAUAAUUUUGAAAUUGACUCGAAUGACUUUUCAUCCGAAGCUUUCAUUAGAUCUAGAAAAAGAAAUGGUGACAUUUCAGUUAGAGAUGAUGCUGUUGAUGUCGAUGUAAAUGAAAAUGAAGUUAAUGCUAAGGCAGACGCUACUUUAAAUAUAAACAAAAGAAAUGCUGACAUCUCUGCAACAUUAAAUGAUUUUGUUGAAGGCAGCGCAAAUGAAGAUGAAGUUACCACAGCCGAUGCUUCUUCAAUUGUAAAAAUAUUGAAUAAACGUCAAGUUUCCAGCGAAGUUGAUAGUAAUUCCAGCGUUGGGAAAAGAUGA